AUGGUGGUUAUUCAUGGCCUUCAAGCUUUCAUCGCUCCGUUUUCUUGCGACGUGGAGAGGAUGACCUCGCUCUCGUUCCCGUUCCAUCCAGAUCAUCGUUCUGGUCAACAUAUUAAUACUUCCGGCUCGGUGCAGCCUGCUAUCAUGCGCCUGAUGCUCAGAGAUGCCAUGCUCCGUAACAAUGGCUUCAGCAUCCUAGCCCUCCCUAGAAAGGUGAAGUACGCCGAGCUUGUGACUCUUAACAAUAUGACGGUCUUCGCCGUUGACGACCUUUCGAUCUUCUCCGGUUCUCACUCUUAUAUCAGCAACGUCAGGUUCCACAUUGUGCCAAACCAAACCAUUUCUUGUGGAUCGCGGAUCUGGAGAAGCUUCCGGCGGGGACUGUUCUGCCGACAUUGGAACGAGGCCAACCGCUGCUUAUCACAACCUCCGGUGCCGAUGAGGAUUAAGGUGCCGGACGUCAUCCGCAACGUCAAGAUCGUGGUGCACAGUGUGUACUUGCCAUUUCCACAUAUAUUAAUCCUGUGGCUGCGGCUUACGACAGUAUCCUAG